GAGAAUCAAAGACUAAAACAUUGACAGCAACCGCGACAGAUUUCAUGUUUUUGUUUGUUUCUGUUUGUGCGGCUUACUUUAACUACUUUGUUAGUAUGUCUUCAAAUCUUGAGAUUUCUUCUUCUUCUUCUUCAGUUGUUGUGUCUUCUGCUGUCACUAAUGCUACUACACAAACUGAAACUACUUUUACAGGUGGGCUGUGAAAAUCUCAUCACUGUACUGCUAGUAGUGUGUAGUGUGUAGUAUUCUGGGCAGUCUCUUAUAGAAGAUAGAUGGGUUCUAGAUUCCCAUCUCAUCAACUCAGCAAUGGCCUUUAUGUAUCAGGCCGGCCUGAGCAGCCAAAAGAAAGGACACCAACAAUGAGCUCAGUAGCCAUGCCUUAUACAGGUGGUGAUAUCAAGAAAUCUGGAGAAUUAGGGAAAAUGUUUGAUAUCCCUGUUGAUGGUUCCAAGUCUAGAAAAUCUGGACCUAUAAAUAGUGCUCCUUCAAGGACUGGAUCUUUUGGAGGUGCUGCUUCACAUUCAGGUCCACUUAUGCCUAAUGCAUCUUCUCGGGCUGGUUUCACAUCUGGUCCUGUAUCAUCUGGAGGGAUGUCUGCUUCGACUUCGUUAAAGAAGUCAAACUCUGGACCGCUUAAUAAACAUGGGGAGCCUGUAAAGAAAUCUUCAGGCCCUCAAUCGGGUGGAGUAACACCAAGUGGCCGCCAAAACUCUGGCCCCCUUCCUCCUGUUCUCCCUGCAACUGGUCUCAUUACGUCAGGACCCAUCUCUUCAGGUCCACUAAAUUCAUCUGGGGCCCCUAGGAAGGUAUCUGGUCCUUUGGAUUCUAUGGGAUCAAUGAAAAUACCGAGCUCAGUUGCUCAUAAUCAGGCUGUGACUGUUCUUAGCCAAGAUGAAGACUUUUCCUUCAAGAGGAAUUUCCCCAAGCCAAUAAUGUGGUCCUUGAUUCUGCUUUUUGUCAUGGGCUUUAUUGCUGGUGGUUUUAUUCUCGGCGCAGUGCAUAAUGCCAUUCUUCUCAUUGUUGUGGUGGUUCUUUUUUGUGCUGUUGCUGCUUUAUUUGGCUGGAAUUCUUGGUGGGGAAGAAAUGCUAUUAUUGGUUAUAUAGCUCGUUAUCCUGAUGCCAAACUUAGAAAUGCCAAGAAUGGUCAAUUUGUGAAGAUCUCUGGGUUGCAAAGGGUUCACUGUGACUGUGAGAACAUAUAUCCUGUUGUCACCUGCGGUAAUGUGCCUCUUGAGUCAUCAUUCCAAAAAGUUCCCAGAUGCAUAUAUACAUCCACAAGUUUGUAUGAGUAUCGAGGAUGGGAUUCAAAAGCUGCCAACCCUACACAUUGUCGUUUUACUUGGGGGCUCAGAUCAUUAGAAAGGCGUGCAGUUGACUUCUACAUCUCUGAUUUCCAGUCUGGGUUAAGAGCAUUGGUUAAAACUGGGUAUGGAGCAAGGGUGACACCUUAUGUUGAUGACUCCUUUGUCAUAGAUGUUAAUCCAGCUAAAGAAGAGUUAUCUCCUGAGUUCAUCGGAUGGCUGGCAGAGAGGAACCUUUCAAGUGAAGACCGUGUAAUGCAAUUGAAAGAAGGGUAUAUCAAAGAAGGAAGCACUGUUAGUGUAAUGGGAGUUGUUCAAAGGAACGACAAUGUGCUUAUGAUUGUCCCUCCACCUGAACCCGUCUCAACAGGAUGCCAAUGGGCCAAAUGUAUUGUUCCAGCUAACCUUGAUGGUAUUGUAUUGAGAUGUGAAGAUGCUUCAAAGAAUGAUGUUAUACCAGUUUAGUAUUGUAAGCUUUUUCUUUUAUUUUUCCUUAAGAUAUAUUCUUUUCUUCUUUCUUUUUGUCUAUUAAUAUUUGAUGGUGGGGAUAGUAAAAGUGGUAGCAUUAAGGAGUGACGGGUGAUUUCAAUGCUUGAAUACCCAGUUAGCGGUCAUGUUCUCUCAUAUUAACUUCUUGUAUAGCUCUUCAGGUUUCUUCCCCUUUUAUUUUUCGUUUUUUUAGGGUGUGAUGGCUUUUGUGAGGAGGGUUUGGUCGAGCCAAUGGGAAAUAAAUGUGUGAGCAGAUUGUUGUUAUGUUAAAUAGAACCAAAGAAAAGAUGUGUUAUGAGUUAUCAAGCAUAUUGUCUUCAAAUGCAAUCUGUAGUUUCUACUUGAAA